UUAGAGCUGCCAACAGCCGCUGACAGUCGCAAGUCGCAAAUGCGAGCUAUUGCUGCGAAUUGUCCAAAUUAUUUACGAUCAGAGUUGGAAUUUUUAAGAUUUUAGCAGAUAAAAAGUGUGUGAUGCGAAAUGUGGCUAUCAGUUGUUAUGGCAGUUACGAUUCUUACGGAGUAAAAGAGGCCAAGUUUUGUAAAAAUAAUAUGUUUUGACGCACCGUAUUUGCGAAGAUGUUAGCUGAUUUAUUGAUUCUUUAACGUGCUUGACAGUUUAGCCGAAAAAAUGAUUUGUAUUUUUCGGUAUAAUCUCCACAAUCGAUCCAUCGAGAGUCUUUAUGCAAUACUAGAUUGAUAUCUGAAUUAUUUAUGUGAAAGGCUUCAUAAAAGUAAAUUUAAUGAUCCCAUGGAUGCGUGAUCAAAUAGCAGAAGCCUGGCAUAACAGAAAAAGUUCAAGGACGGCUGACAAGCGGUCCUUGGCCCUUUCUUCUGUCAGCACAGGCAAUGCUACAAGCAAUGACACUAUGCUUACACCGUUACCUACCUCACCUGAAAACUUUUCCAUCAACGUUAUCAGCAUAGAGGGCAAUGUAUUAGAUGUUGCAAUAAAACCAAACUUUACCGUGGAAAAUAUUAAGAAAAUAGCAGUGGUACAUUUUUAUGGUCAAGAUACAACCAAAUCUAUCUCAAACUAUCGCUUAGUUCAUUCAACCAAAUUUGUACAGCUUAAGGAUGAAAAUUAUGUAAGCGACGAGGAUAUCAAUGAAUGUGAUGAGUUAUUAUUAGUAGAAAUACGAUCGCAAGAAGAUUCAUUGGAGGAAGAUCUUAAAGGUCCAAGUUUAGAAGCAAUAGCUCAAGCUACAAGUGAUCUACCUAGUGUACGAAAUCCGCCUAAGCCUGUGCCAUCUACAGAAUGCCCUGCGGAUUUCCAGAAUGAAAUCCGUAAGAUUUUAAUAACUCUUGUACAAGCAUCUGCAAAAAUCUUGAUGUACAGUCCUUAUGCUGAAAAAUUAUAUGACGAUAUUAAGGAGAAACUUGAAGCUAGGUGUAAUCCUAUUAAUGAUCCAAAAGUCAUAAAAAGUCUUAUAGAAAUGGGUUAUCCUCAUAAGAAAGUUCUCAAAGCGUUAUGUCUUCGAAAGUCGAAUAUGACAGAAGCUUUAGAAUGGCUUAUAGAACAUCAGGAUGAUUCAGAUGAUGAUUCAGAUGAUGAAAUAGAUUUCUUGCCUGCGGAUACAAUGACAGACACAGAUAUUGCAAAUCCUAGUUCUUCAAUGAACACUAAGAAAAAGUCAUUUAAAGAAGCAUGUUUGGAACUGUUCAAAGAAAAACAGGAUCAAGAAGAAAAAGAUCUGGUAUAUAUCGUAGAAUUAUUAUUGCAAAGUUUUCGACAAUGGAAGAGAAUGGAAUUUAAACCUAAUAAGAGAGCAAUGCGAUCACUUGUAGAAAUGGGCUUUGAGGACAAAAAUGUUAUAGGGGCAUUGAAAGUUACUGGGAAUGAUCAGGCUAAUGCUUGUGAAUGGCUGCUGGGCGAAAGAAGACGUAGUUUACAAGAUUUGGAUGAAGGCCUCGAAUCCGAUGGUCUAAUUUAUAAAGCAAUUAUGAGUAAUCCUCAUAUUCAGCUUAGUCUUACAAGACCAAAGAUGUUGCUUGCAUAUUUGUCAAUGAUAGAAACACCUGCUUCGGCAAAUGUAUGGAUUAACGACCCUGAAAUUGCACCUGUGCUUAACCAAAUAUCUAAGACAUAUCAUACUGAAAAACAUGCCAUUCAUAUGAAUCGUUAUACCUAAUAUUAUGGUAAAACUUUAUUUGCGUCUCUG